AUGUCCCCCGAAGUUCAAGCACGCCUUGUAGAAGGCAUCGGUAGCACGAUUAAACUCUCUGUCGCUGAGUCUACGGUAGCAUCCACCACUGCCCACGCGACGCUGGAAGAACAAAUGGCCCAAAUGACUUCGUAUGGGCGCAACCUCGAAGACUACCCCCUCGUUGCCCGUGAGACAAUGGCGACCUUGGAAGAGCAGGCUUCCGCCAUGUUGACUCAUGACCGCACCCUCCAGUGGAUUCCCUCUGACUCGCCCAAGAUAAGAAUGCGCACCUGGCGCGCGCUUAAGAACGCCCAGCGCAUCUCAGACCAAGCCACAUGCGUGGCAUUUGCGAUAUCGCACCUGAAAGAACGCGCGGAAGAUUGGGUGAUCUCCAAACGCUUGAUGGAUCCCCUAUGCUUUCCGUCCUUCGCGACUUUCGAGGUCGAACUCAAGGCGAUGUUGUUACCACUCAACAGCGAUUUCCGCUAUCGCUCGCAAUAUUUGGCGUGCAAGCAAGGAAAACGUUUCCUCCAGGAAUUCAUCCAUGACCUUCGCUUCUUGGCAGCGAUUGUUAUCGAUGAAGAAUCCCUCCCCGAGCCCUUGCGCGUGGCCAUAGUCAUGGUCGAUCUCAACCAAGGCCCCGCGAGCACACAGUUGUUCCGCGCCUACCCGCGGACCUUCGAAGAAGCCGUCCGCAUCGCGCUUUCAGAGUCGUUCUCCUUCGCGCAUGCGCGCGCGGAUCUCUCGGGCGCAGGUACACGCUGGCCGUCGUUUCAGCAGCAGAAUGUAUGGGCUCAAGCCACUGAACAACGCGAGCCACUGGCCGUCAAACGAUCCGUGCGGUGGGACGACGAAAGUGUGGCGGAACUCUUUCGCCUGCGCUACAAGUCGCAUUUAACGACAAGGUUCGACUCGAAGAACAACGCGGUAAAGAAGAUCGUGUACGUGAUGCUGGCGUCGGAGAUCAGCGUGGCGAUGGAAUGGGACUUGUCUGCGGCGCAGGUCCAAGACAAGUUCGGCAAGUUGAAGACAUCGUGGUUGUUGACGAAGCCCUCGAACCCAAGCGAAACAAGUUCGGACACGGACUACGACAGCGACAAGCCACCGGGGCGUCGGAAGAAGCGCGCAAAAGUCUCGAAAGCGAGCACUCAUGGCGAGGCGUUGGAAGUUGGGUUCUUAGCUAUAAAGGAAGGUUUGAUGCACAUGGGAACAUAA